AUGUUGGAUGAAUGGACGGAGUAUGAAUUAGAUUUCAGCUCUGAUUCAUGGUCUGAGGAGGAAAGUAAUUCUUCCAAACGACCGAAGACAGAGACGGACACCUCGGCGAAACCUACACCAAAGACGUACGGCUACCAGUGUCCAAUAUGCUUGAAACAGUAUUUGUCCGUAUCAGGGUAUAUACGUCUUUGGUCUAAACAUGUUUAUGGUAUUCACCGAGAGGACGGAUGCAGGCCCACAGCAAUCGCUGUGCGGGAAACGUUGACUCAUUUCCGUGAAGCGAGGUCUGCCUGUCGAGAGGGUCGGGAACAGGAUCUCACAGCAGGGAACAGCGACAUCACAGCAGAUUACAACUAUGAUACAGCAGGGAACAGCGACAUCACAGCAGAUUACAACUAUGAUACAGCAGGGAACAGCGAUAUCACAGCUGAUUACAACUAUGAUACAGCAGGGAACAGCGAUAUCACAGCAGAUUACAACUAUGAUACAGCAGGGAACAGCGACAUCACAGCAGAUUACAACUAUGAUACAGCAGGGAACAGCAAUAUCACAGCAGAUUACAACUAUGAUACAGCAGGGAACAGCGACAUCACAGCAGAUUACAACUAUGAUACAGCAGGGAACAGCGAUAUCACAGCUGAUUACAACUAUGAUACAGCAGGGAACAGCGAUAUCACAGCUGAUUACAACUAUGAUACAGCAGGGAACAGCGACAUCACAGCAGAUUACAACUAUGAUACAGCAGGGAACAGCGAUAUCACAGCAGAUUACAACUAUGAUACAGCAGGGAACAGCAAUAUCACAGCAGAUUACAACUAUGAUACAGCAGGGAACAGCAAUAUCACAGCAGAUUACAACUAUGAUACAGCAGGGAACAGCAAUAUCACAGCAGAUUACAACUAUGAUACAGCAGGGAACAGCAAUAUCACAGCAGAUUACAACUAUGAUACAGCAGGGAACAGCGAUAUCACAGCAGAUUACAACUAUGAUACAGCAGGGAACAGCAAUAUCACAGCAGAUUACAACUAUGAUACAGCAGGGAACAGCGAUAUCACAGCAGAUUACAACUAUGAUACAGCAGGGAACAGCGAUAUCACAGCAGAUUACAACUAUGAUACAGCAGGGAACAGCAAUAUCACAGCAGAUUACAACUAUGAUACAGCAGGGAACAGCGACAUCACAGCAGAUUACAACUAUGAUACAGCAGGGAACAGCGAUAUCACAGCAGAUUACAACUAUGAUACAGCAGGGAACAGCGAUAUCACAGCAGAUUACAACUAUGAUACAGCAGGGAACAGCAAUAUCACAGCAGAUUACAACUAUGAUACAGCAGGGAACAGCAAUAUCACAGCAGAUUACAACUAUGAUACAGCAGGGAACAGCGAUAUCACAGCAGAUUACAACUAUGAUACAGCAGGGAACAGCAAUAUCACAGCAGAUUACAACUAUGAUACAGCAGGGAACAGCGAUAUCACAGCAGAUUACAACUAUGAUACAGCAGGGAACAGCGAUAUCACAGCAGAUUACAACUAUGAUACAGCAGGGAACAGCAAUAUCACAGCAGAUUACAACUAUGAUACAGCAGGGAACAGCGAUAUCACAGCAGAUUACAACUAUGAUACAGCAGGGAACAGCGAUAUCACAGCAGAUUACAACUAUGAUACAGCAGGGAACAGCGAUAUCACAGCAGAUUACAACUAUGAUACAGCAGGGAACAGCGAUAUCACAGCAGAUUACAACUAUGAUACAGCAGGGAACAGCGAUAUCACAGCAGAUUACAACUAUGAUACAGCAGGGAACAGCAAUAGCUCAUCUACAGUUAUUUCUGUACUCAAUAUCACAGAAGGGAGUAUCGCUACCACAGCGGAGACUAACGAUAUCACAGUAGGGAACAUCGAUAUCACAGCAGGAGCAUCGAUAUCACAGCAGGGAACAUCGAUAUCACAUGGUCGUAAUGCGCAAACGCUUCAAAUACACUGA